GUUUGCUGUUCACGUGCCCCCCCAAGGCCAAUCAGCUACGUCGGGAGGCGGGACGUAGGGCAGCAAGGUUUGGUGGCGGUCGCGGUGUGCUGUCGAGGGCCGAGAUUCUAUGGCACUAUUUUGCAGAACAGGGGUAUCGUCCUGGCUCCCUUGAACCUUGAAGCACCUCAAAAGUGUAGGGCAACAAGAGCAGCAUGUCCCAGCAACGGACUCUGCCUCAAAGCAAAGAGAUCUUACUGCAGUCCUACAACAAGAGACUGAAAGAUGACAUCAAAUCUAUUCUGGACAACUUCACGGAAAUCAUUAAAAGUGCUCGGGUUGAAGACGAGACGCAGGUUUCCCGCGCGACUCAGUGUGAACAAGAUCACUAUGAGAUGCAUGUGAGAGCAGCAAAUAUUGUGCGUGCUGGGGAGUCUCUCAUGAAGCUGGUGUCAGACCUUAAACAGUUCCUGAUUCUGAAUGACUUUCCCUCCGUGAAUGAAGCCAUAAACCAGCGAAAGCAGCAACUUCGGAGUCUACAGGAAGAAUGUGACAAGAAGCUGAUCACCCUAAGAGAUGAGAUUGCGGUUGAUCUAUAUGAGCUGGAAGAAGAAUAUUACUCCUCCAGAGAUACAGCGCUUCUAGCCACACCGCCCCAACAACCCCCGACAAACCCAACUGACCCUAAUCUAGUCACAGGACAACUUACUAUGACCAAUUAACCUAGCCGGUACGCCUUUGGAUGGUGGGAGGAAAGCAGAGGGCCCGGAGAAAACCCACACAUUCCACAAGGAGGAUGCACAGAGACUCCUUACAACUCCGAACUCUGGAACACCCGAGCUUUAACAGCAUCGCGCUAACCGCUAAGCGACCAUGGCGCCCUAUCCAGACUGGAACGCAAGGACACUCGAUGGAAAAAUGCAACAGACCCUGAAUGGGCCAGACACUGCUGUAAACACUCAGUGAGGUCUCAUCUGUGAAAGAGAAACAGUCAACGUUUGAAGUCAUUGACCUGAAAUGUCAGCCGAGUUUCUCUUUCCCCCGGUCACUGACGAUGCUGGACGUUCAUCUCCACCAUUGGGAUGAGCAGGCCAUGUGUAAUGUAUCCAAGUUUGUUGAUGGUACAAAGUGGAUGGCAACAUGAAUGGUAUAUGGACAGGCUAAGAGGAAGGGCAUAAGCCAGACAGAUGGAAAAUAAUGUAAAAAAUUAUGGACAUACAUAUCAAUUUUAAAAAGAAUUGGAGUAAGUUUUUAAAUGGUGAGGGGUUGAAAAGUAUUGAAUGAUCAAGGGGAUGGAGGUAUCCUCAUACAUGGGACACAAAACAUAUGAUUAUAGCCAGCAAUAAAGAAGGCACAGUAUGUGGACAAAAAAAUAGGGAACUUCUCUCGGGAAUUCCCUGCCAAAUAUUGUCUUAUACAGGGAAGUGCAUCAAGAUAGGAACAUAUCAGCAGAAGAUCCUACAAAUAUUCAUAACCCCUGCCCUCCCACAAACCCAUGUGAAUAUUGCACACUCUCAGCAGACUCUUUAAAUGUUGACACAUCGGGAAAGUCCUUGCAGAGAUACUGUCAUGCUCCUGGGGAACCCCAAGCAAUGACUUUCACAGUUCUAGAGAUAUGUAAUAAAUAUUGACAGCCUUGGUGAAUCUGCAGUGUAGCACAACAAGGAGAUGGGAACUCCUUCAUACCAAAGCUUCAGUUGGUGCAUAAGACACCAGGACAGUAAAUACAGUAUUUUUUUUGUAAUGUCCAGUUGGAAACAUGAUAAUGAAAACAGGAGAUUAAGACAUCCAGUGAUUGAACACCACUUGAAGCUUUGGGAUCUGUGAAAAUAACAGCCCCUGUCUGCAACCCUGCAUCUGACUCAGAAUCUGCUCUACAUGUCAAUCAUUGUGUUAUAAGCAACUUAUUCUCAACAAAACAUAAAAAUCACGGCACUGCAGAUGCUAGAAAUCUGCAAUAAAAUAGAAUGAGCUCUGCCACAUGAAAGCAGGAUCUAUUAUCAAAGACCCUCACCAUCCAGGCCAUACGCUCUUCUUGCUACAAGGUAUAGGAGCUUUGUGUCCCACACCAACAGGUUAAGAACAUAAGAAAUAGGAGCAGGAGUAGGCCAUCCGGCCCAUCAAGUCUGCCCCACCAUUCUAUAAGAUCACGGCUGAUCUGUCCAUAAACUCAGCUCCAUCUACCUGUCUUUUCCCCAAAACCCUUAAUUCCCUUACUAUGUAAAAAUCUAUCCAACUGUAUCUUAAAUAUAUUUAGUGAAGAAGCCUCAACUACUUCCCUGGGCAGAGAAUUCCACAGAUUCACCACUCCCUGGGGAAAAUAGUUUCUCCUCAUCUCCAUCCUAAAUCUUCUUCCCUGAAUCUUGAGGCAAUGUCCCCUGGUUCUAGUCUUACCUACCAAUGAAAACAACUUUCCUACUUCUAUCUUAUCUAUCCCUUUCAAAAUUUUGUAUGUUUCUAUAAGAUCCCCUCUCAUUCUUCUGAACUCCAGAGAGUAUAGUCCCAGGCGACUCAAUCGCUCCUCAUAGGUUAACCCCUUCAUCUCUGGAAUCAACCUGGUGAACCUCCUCUGUACUGCCUGCAAAGCCAGUAUAUCCUCCUCAAGUACGGAGACCAGAACUGCACACAGUACGCCAGGUGCAGCCUCACCAGUACCCUGUAUAGUUGCAACAUGACCUCCCUGCUCUUAAAUUCAAUCCCUCUAGCAAUGAAGGCCAACAUUCCGCUUGUCUUCUUAAUAACCUGUUGUACCUGCAAGCCAACUUUUUGCGAUUCAUGAACAAGCACUCUCAAGUCCCUUUGCACAACAGAAUGCUGAAAUCUUUCACCAUUUAAUAAUAAUAAUAAUAAUCUGCUCUUCUAUUAUUCCUUCCAAUGUGGAUGAUCUCGCAUUCACUAACGUUGUAUUCCAUCUGCCAGACCUUGGCCCACUCACUUAACCUAUCUAUAUCCCUCUGCAGACUCUCCACAUCCUCUACAAUUUGCUUUUCCACUCAGUUUAGUGUCAUCAGCAAAUUUUACUACACUACAUUCAGUCCCCUCUUCCAAAUCAUCAACGUAAAUGAUAAAUAGCUGCGGGCUCAGCUCCAACUUCUGCGGCACCCCACUCACCACCAACUACCAACUGGAGAAAUACCCAUUUAUACCAACUCUCUGCCUUAACCAAACUACUAUCCAUGCCAAUACACUUCCUGACUCCAUGCAUCUGUAUCUUAUUUAUAAGUCUCUUGUGCGGCACCUUAUCAAACGCCUUCUGGAAAUCCAAGUAUAUGACAUCCACCUGUUCCUUUCUAUCCAUUGCACUCAUUAUGUCCUCGAAGAACUUCAGUAAGUUUGUCAAACAGGACCUGCCCUUUCUGAGUCCAUACUGUGUCUGUCUAAUGGAACCACUUUCUAACAAUUACCCUGCAACCAUCAAGUUCCUUUUCAUUCACCACUACACUGAUCUGAUUCUACGACCCACAAACUCAUUUUCAAUACUGUAUAAUCAGCAUGGAUAACUUCACUCACUGCAAUUCUACCACCUACAGACUCACUUUCAAAGACUCUUUACAACUCAUGUCCUCAGGAUUAUUUUUUCUUUUCACAGCCUGUCUUCUUUUUCACAUUGGUUGCUUGUCAGUCUUUGCCAUUUAUAUAUAGCCUUUUGUAAAAUUCCAUGGUAUUUUUCCUGUAAAUGCCUGCAAGAAAAUGCAUUUCAAAGUAGUAUAUAGCAACAUAUAAACAUUUUAAUAAUAAAUUUACUUUGAACUGUGAUCUGGAUACACUGCAACUUUCUAGACAUGGUAUUAAAAGUCUCCAACUUUAGGCAGCUCUCACUGUCUGCUGUAACGGAACUGGCCACUUCUGCUUGUUGUCAAUCUGUGAUAGUUUCACUCUCUCUCUCUAAUAGCGUAGCCUGGUCUGGUGGGCACAUUCUUCAGCCUUGCUAUUAGUAGCACGUUACACUAACAAAGAAAGAUCACUUUGCCGACUGCCACGAGCUUAGGCUGUACUGGUUGACAACACACUUCACUGUAUGUUUUUGACGUACAUGUGAUAAAUAAAUCACAGAACUGUAGAACCACAGAAGGGAACAAUGCAGAAAUGGACCCCCUCAGCCCACAUCAUCCAUGCCAAACACGAGGAAGGAUAUCUUGACCAAUCACAUUUGCUCACAUUAUCCCUCCACAAUCACAUUUGCUCACAUUAUCCCUCCACACCAAAUACAUUUGCUCACAUUAUCCCUCCACACCAAAUACAUUUGCUCACAUUAUCCCUCCACACCAAUCACAUUUGCUCACCUUUCCUAACUGUCAUAUUUGCAUUCAUCCUAUCAUGGAUAUUUUAACCACCCCUUCCUCUUCCACCUUCUCUGCUCAUUUAUUUCUCUCCCCAAGCUCCAAGACCUCAUGUUUCACAAUUACCCUCUCUCCACAGAUUCUGCUUGGCAUGACCAUUCUCCCAUUCCCUAUUGUUGCUAACAGGUUCCCUAGAUUCCAUUUUCUGAAACAAAUACCAUGGAUCCCUUCACGAUGAAGAUAAAAUCAGCAGAUUUUGGAAAUUCAAGCAACACACACAAAAUGCUGGGGGAACUCAGCGGAACAGGCAGCAUCUACAGAAAAGAGUAAACAGUUGACAUUUCAGGUCGAUUCCCUUCAUCAGCCCUUUUAUUCUCCAGCCCUGCUGAAGGGUCUUGGCCUGAAAAGUUGACUGUGCCACAGGGCUUGGUAUUGGGACCACAGCUGUUUACGAUUUACGUCAACAAUUUAGAUGAAGGCAUUGAGAAUAAAAUCAGCAAAUUUGCUGAUGAUACUAAGCUGGGUGGCAGUGUGACAUGUGAUGAAGAUUUUAGGAGAAUUCAGGGUGACUUGGAUAGGCUGGGUGAGUGGGCAGAUGACGUUUAAUGUGAAUAAGUGUGAGGUUAUCCACUUUGGGAGUAAGAACAGGAAGGCAGAUUAUUAUCUGAACGGUGUAGACUUAGGUAAGGGAGAAAUACAAAGAAAUCUAGGAGUCCUUGUUCAUCAAUCACUGAAGGUGAAUGAGCAAGUGCAGCAGGCAGUGAAGAAGGCUAAUGGGAUGUUGGCCUUUAUUACAAAGGGAAUUGAGUACAAGAGCAAGGAAAUCCUCUUGCAUUUGUACAG